CUAAAAAGGAGUAGGAAUGAAGAGAACCGAGGAGACAGUAUUUACUAGUCUCCCUCUGGCGCUGAUAGUUUCCACGUCGAAUUUUCACACGGAUGGACCUGCCUAAUUACCACCGACCAUUCGCGUCUCGAUUCGCUCGCUCGCGGCCACCUAUUUUCAGUUUCUGGUUGCAAAUCAGUAUGCCAGUGAUCAUUGAGGGUUGAUGCGUUGUGGUGCUGAAGAAAUAAAAAUUAAAACUUUCCGAAGUUCGUCGGAAGGAUUGUAUGAGUUAUUUCUCGCUAAAAUAUCUGGAGGGCUGAUAGUCUUUUAGACAUUAAUGAUACUGUUCAACAUUGAUACGCCAGUUCGUGUAUUUGUGCGUUCACGUGCGUGUGUUUGUUUUCAUUUCGGGUUUUAUUCUGUGCUGAGUACACAUUUUCAACCUUGAUUAAAACGGUGAACAUGAGGUGUUUUUGAGUGUGUGUUUGGAUCGUGUGAAAAGCUGCAGUUUUUGGAGACACGAAAAAUCUCAACGGAAAUGAUUCCUCAACUAGCAAACUCGCAAUUCGGUGUGCGACAUGUCCAGUGUUUUAUGGCUUUCCUGGGCAUCGCCAUUGCUUACUGUCUCCGCGUCAACUUAUCAGUGGCGAUAGUCUCCAUGACACAGAACUCAAGCUCCAGCGCAGAUUUUCCGGCGUUGCCAUGGGACGAGUCCAUGAAAGGUACCAUUCUGAGCUCCUUCUUCUGGGGCUACUGUCUCCUUCAGAUCCCCGCUGGGCAGCUGGCUGAGAAGAUUGGUCCCAAAUUCCUUCUCGUGGCAGUUGUAUUUUUCGGUGGGAUCGUCACAGUUCUGACCCCCUUCGCUGCGAUCCACGGUGGUUUCUAUUGGAUGGUCUUUUCUCGGAUACUCCAGGGAGCUGCGCAGGGAUUUUGUUACCCUUGCUCAAAUUUCCUGCUUUCAAAAUGGGCGCCAACACCCGAGAGAGGGAGACUCUUCACGUGGGUUUUCAACGGUGGCCAGUUUGGUACUCUCGUGACGAUGGCCAUGGCCGGUGUACUGGCCGACAGCCGGUGGGGUUGGCCAUCAGUUUUCUACGUCACCGGCUCCAUUGCCAUUCUUUGGGCCCUGGCAUAUUCCUACGUAGGUGCAAACAGCCCUCUAGAACAUACCUCAAUAUCGGAGGCUGAAAGGAAGUAUAUCAUAAGCACGUUGCCCAGCGUAUCAUCCGAACGAAAAGCCUUUAAGACGCCUUGGAGAUCAAUUGUGACUUCAGGACCACUGUGGGCGCUUCUCAUAUCUCAUUGCGGUCAAAAUUGGGGCUUCUGGACGCUACUGACGCAAAUACCUUCUUACGUCAACGCUGUGUUCGGAGUCAACAUUAAAAAAAGUGGAUUUUUGUCAGCACUACCGUAUGCUUCAAGUUUUAUAAUGGGUUUUGUAUUUUCGGCGAUCGGCGACAGACUAAAUAACCGUCAAGUUUUAACGAGGACAGCGUCUAAAAAGAUCUGGAACUCCAUUGCCCUGUGGGGUCCGGCGGUGGCACUUUGCUUGCUGGCGUUCGCUGGAGAUUACGAGGUGUUGGCACUUUCGCUGCUAGUCGUGGCCGUAGCACUAAAUAGCGCCGUGAAUCUAGGCUACCUGUCCAACCAUCUGGACCUUUCACCGAACUUUGCCGGUACACUAAUGGGUAUUACAAACGGUCUGUCCAACAUCACCUCCAUUUCCGCUCCUCUCUUUGCUGGCUUCGUAGUCAAAGACCCGAGAUCGCUUCUUCAGUGGCAGAUUGUUUUCCUGACGUCAGCGGGUAUUUUCUUCAUAGGAAACUUGGUAUUCAUCAUUUUUGGCACGGCUGAAGUUCAACCAUGGAAUUCGCCAAGAGGACAACGAGAAUCUGAAUCUGAACCUGAGGCCUCUCCAAGAAGCGAGUAAACAGGAGGGAGACACAUCGUCUUCACAUCGUGAUAUCUAGUUCCUUACUCUUUAAGAGUCGCGCCUCUUUCCAAUACAUCGGUUGAGCGCACGUGUGCCUACCAUUACCGAAUUAUUGACAUAGGUAGGUACUCAACAACUUGCGGUGGAUAGGCGUCUUUAAUGUUAGAUCCAGUGCCGUUUUCUGAAUAAAAUAUGAGAGGAA